GUGUUGAGUCCCGUAUUGACGUUUGAGUUUGGUGGUGCAGUUCAUGUCGGAGGUUGAUAUAUCGAAGGGAGCUGUUGUGUGUGUGGAAGCAGAGAUCAAGGGAGAUGUGAUGAUAGGUACUGGUACUGUAGUUCACCCAAAGGCUAAAAUCAUUGCAGAAGCGGGACCGAUUGUGAUUGGAGAGAACAAUCUGAUUGAAGAGCAAGUUGUGAUAAUAAACAAGCUUUGUCCAGGUGACAAAUAUGAAGAUGAUGCAGAAGACGACGAAUCGCAUCAAGCACCAGUGCACAACAAGCAGACAAUGACAAUAGGCAAACACAAUGUGUUUGAAGUGGGAAGUUACUGUGAAGCUCUUGUCGUAGGCAAUCACAACGUUUUAGAAACAAAGAGUUGGGUAGGUAAACGGGUUAAUAUCACUGAUGGUUGCAUCAUUGGUGCAAAAUGUCGAGUUGAUGUGAACGAGACUCUUACGAACAAUACAGUCAUGUAUGGAGAGAAGUGUACAAGACGGACGCAAUCAUCGCAUCCACCGGCACAGACUCUCCAACUGGAUUUCCUAACAAAAAUCCUACCAAACUUCCACCACAUGAUGAAGCCCACAAAGAAAACAUAACUUCAACAAUCAAUAAACCCACACAUUAGCCGCCACGUAAUUAGCUUCAUUCUAAAAA